AUGUUCGUCUUUCAAAAGGACGCUCUUCCCAAGGAUCCAGUAUUUCCGCAAAAUUUGAAGGAGCUUGGAUAUUUCGUCAACGAUGAUGAUCAGAUACGCAUGAUAGGAGAUCCGGAAGCGGGUUUCUUGUACAAGAUCAAUGCCAACGAGCGGUAUAAUGAGCAGCAAAGGGAGGCGAUGAACGGAUGCAUCCGUGACAUUGUCGUUUCCCGUCUGCACGACCAAGGUCUCGAGACUCUGCGAUUACCUAUUGGUGCUGAACCCAAUGAACAACAUGUGCCCAUUCUAGUUUCCCCAUCAUUCAAGACAGACAAACGCAUUAUCGUCGUAUUUGGCGAACCUGUUCAAGAUCUCGGCAUAUGGGCGUAUCGAACUAUAGGCGGUGACAAAAUCAACACUGGGUCUGCAGUUGACUUUACGGCGGCUGUCCUGGGAAGUAAAUGCACCAUCAUUCCAGUGGCCGAACAAAAGUCCAAGCCAAGUGAACAAACAUCUUCAGCAGUCCUGAGUGAUACGAAUGAGAGUAACGACGAGGCGAACAAGCCUCCCCCUCCAGGCCUUAUCCUGACCAACCCAGGACAACUGGUGUGGCACUGUGCCGGUGAGCGUGCCAUCUCACUUCCCACAUGGCUUGCCCUACCCAGAAAAUACGCUGUUGACCCACCUAUGAAAAUGACCGUUCGAAAUAAGAUACCCGGCAACGAAACCUGGCAGGAUCAUGUCACUUAUGUCUUUGACGAAGUGUUGGGUAAACUUACGUCAAGCGAUGCGAAAAUCGACGUUAUUGGGCUUGCAGAGGGAAGCCUUGCUACUGUUAGGUAUCUAGCGGAGCAUUGGUCGACAUGGAAAUCUCGCAUCUCGUCAAUCACUCUCGGGAACCCAUUGCACGACGUUAACCAUCUCCACCCACCCGAAUUCGCGGAAUUCAUAUCGACUCGCUGCCGUGCUUACCUGAUCUCGGAGGCGGAGUUGGAUCAGCCUGUUGCUGGUCGAUAUGAGUAUGGUUGCAAUUGCUAUUCCUCCGGAGAGUCGAAGAAUGUCGAAUGCAUCAUCCCCCGAGCUUAUGGGAGUAUGUUGAAAUGGCUCGAUCAUAUGUCUGAGAACCCGGGGUUGAAGGAGGUUGAGGUAUUCAUUAGCAAUGAGGUUGGGAUAGCUCAAGCUGGCGAUGGUACUAAAGCUUGGGGUGAGAGCGGAGAUGCUGUUGAAGAGCUCAACUAA